AUGGUUAAAAGCAAAGUAUAUAGCGAUUAUGUAUUCAAGACAGCAUUUAAAUUGUGGAGUCAAAAUGGAGGAAUCAAAUUCAAAUAUGUGAACGAUAGCAAAGUUGAUAUAAUUAUUAAAUUCGAUAGACAAAAUGAGCAUGGAAUUUUUCGAUCUGGAGAUGAAAUUUCAUUUAGUAUCCCACCAGGUCCUUAUGAACUUUCUGGUGAUAUUACAUUUAAUGAUGAUAUAUUAUGGACAGCUGAUGGAGGUAUUUUCGAUUUGUUUAAGAGAAUUCUUUACGAAAUUGGAAUAUCGAUUGGAUUGAAGGCAAAUAAUCGUGAAACUUCUAUAAUGAAUCCAAAUAAAAAAUAUUUUGCACGUCAACUAGAUGAUGGAGAUCGAGAAGGUUUUGUUGGAUUUGUAGCAUUUAUUGAUUUAGGAACUGCAUUAAGAAAUUAUGUAGAAAGACGUAGUUUUAUGUCUGGAAAUGAAGAUCUGACUGACAUAAAACUAAUCGAAGCUGAUUUUACAAUAAGUCGAAUAAUGGGAGUUUAUUCUCUUUUGAAAGCAUUGACAUUGAUUCAGACUACACUAUACAUACAUUUCAAAGCUGUUGUUUAUACUGGAGAAUUGGCAUUAGUUAUCACAAUGCUGUUUUUUAUAACUGAGUGUCUUUAUUUUAAAUCAUCAACGAUGAAUUUCUACGUUGUAUUUCCAUUUAUAUUAAAUUCAAUCACUCUUGCCGGGCUCUAUUAUCUGCCGAAAAAAAUGAGACUAUGGGAACCAAUGCCGGAUGCAGAAGAUGAAAACUCUGAACUGCUUAAAAAAAUUGGAAAUCUUAAGAAAAGACGAUUGCAAAAUAAGCAAAAAAUCUAAUUAUUACACGAGCGUGAGUGAUUUAUGGACUUGUUUUAUCCACUUGAUUUUUUCUUCUUAAAACUUUGCUGAACUUUUUAACCAUCUUCAAUUAGAGUACUCAA